GUUGUUUUCCUCUUUUGCAGAUCAGCCAGUCACUCGAUGGGGAGCAACGGUGGACCACCUUUUUGUGUCACCUUCCCACCUCUCUGUAGCAAGAAAAAUAACUUCAGCACCUCUUCAGUAAUAAUGAUGAAACUGGUAUUAACUGAAUGGCAAUUAUGGAUUUUUAACUCUAAUUCACAGUAAACCAGCAAGCCAUAUGUUUCAAAUCCAACCAAAAAUCGCUUUGUUUUGCUGCGUGUCUCAUCCGAUUGUGAGAAGUUGUGAGAUCUCUGUUUGUACAAAGAGGAAUAUAAGUAUUACUUGCCGGAGAAACACAACCGAAGCAGAAAGAGAAGACGUCUUAAUUUAUCCUUAAAGAUAUAUGAUAGAAUUAUUUAUAUAGAUAGAGCAAAUAUAUAUAUAUUUUUGGUGGUAAUGAAAAUGGCUCCACAGAAUGCCGACUCAGAAUCUAUGCAAGUUCAAGAGUCCCCUGUGCCCCUGCAGACCCCCGGAAGCACGGCGGCGGAGCCCCGAGAGGAGACCGGCAGUGAGGGCUCCAUAGACCGCGUGCCCGUGCGCCGGUGGGUCAUGCACGGGGCCGUGAUGUUUGGCAGGGAGUUCUGUUACGCCAUGGAGACGGCGUUGGUCACGCCGAUCCUGUUGCAGAUUGGCCUUCCGGAGCAGUAUUACAGUCUCACCUGGUUCCUGAGCCCCGUCCUUGGCCUCAUCUUCACGCCCCUCAUCGGCUCGGCGAGCGACCGGUGCACCCUGAGCUGGGGCCGCCGCCGGCCUUUCAUCCUGGCCCUCUGCGUGGGCGUGCUCUUCGGCGUGGCGCUUUUCCUGAACGGCUCUGCCAUCGGUCUGUCCCUCGGUGAUGUCCCCAGCCGGCAGCCCAUUGGCAUCGUCCUCACAGUGCUGGGGGUGGUGGUCCUGGAUUUCAGCGCUGAUGCAACCGAGGGGCCCAUCCGCGCCUACCUGCUGGACGUGGUGGACAGCGAGGAGCAGGACAUGGCCCUCAAUAUCCACGCCUUCUCUGCCGGCCUCGGUGGGGCCAUCGGCUAUGUGCUGGGCGGGCUGGACUGGACCCAGACCUUCCUGGGCGCCUGGUUCCGAACACAGAACCAAGUGCUCUUCUUCUUCGCGGCCAUCAUCUUCACGGUGUCGGUGGCCUUGCACCUCUUCAGCAUCGAGGAGGAGCAGUACAGCCCCCAGCAGGAACGGAGCCCGGAGGCGGCCGACGCCCUGCCCCCUGCCGCCCGCCCCAGCCUCCCGGACGGCAGCGCCGGCCUGUUUCCAGACGAGGUGCAGUCGGAGCACGAGCUCGCCCUGGACUACCUGGACGUGGACAUGGUGCGGAGCAAGAGCGACUCGGUGCUGCAUGUGCCAGACGCCGCGCUGGACCUGGAGCCCCAGCUGCUCUUCCUGCACGACAUCGAGCCCUCCAUCUUCCACGACGCCUCCUACCCCAGCACCCCCCGCAGCAACAGCCAGGAGCUCGCCAAGACCAGGCCGCCCUGCCUGCCCUCACUGCUCAGGGAAACCGCGAAGGAGGAUGAGACACUGCUCGACAGUCACUCGAACGAAGCCAGAGUCCCAAACGGAAGUGGCUCCCCCCCAAAAGACGGCCUCAGUGGCUACACCAGGGUGGACGGGAAGCCCUCGACCACGUCAGCCUCCAUGAGGCGGCGCCGGCACAUGUUCCGCCGGCAGGCCUCCAGCACCUUCUCCUACUACGGCAAGAUUGGGGCCCACCGCUACCGCUACCGGCGCGCCAAUGCCGUGGUCCUGAUCAAGCCGUCACGCAGCAUGAGCGACUUGUACGACCUGCAGAAGCGGCAACGGCAGCGGUGCCGGCACCGGAACCCGAGCGGGGCCACCACCUCCAGUGGGGACACGGAGAGCGAGGAGGGGGAGGGGGAGACCACCGUGCGGCUGCUGUGGCUGUCCAUGCUGAAGAUGCCCAGGGAGCUGACGCGGCUCUGCCUCUGCCACCUGCUCACCUGGUUCUCCGUCAUCGCCGAGGCCGUGUUCUACACAGACUUCAUGGGCCAGGUCAUCUUCGAAGGGGACCCCAAGGCCCCCUCCAACUCCACCGCCUGGCAGGCCUACAAUGCCGGCGUGAAGAUGGGCUGCUGGGGCCUGGUCAUUUAUGCGGCGACCGGCGCCAUUUGCUCAGCCCUGUUACAGAAGUACUUGGACAGCUACGACCUCAGCAUCAGGGUCAUCUACGUGCUGGGGACGCUGGGCUUCUCCAUCGGCACGGCCGUGAUGGCCAUGUUCGCCAACGUCUAUGUCGCCAUGAUCAUGAUCAGCACCAUGGGCAUCGUCUCCAUGAGCAUCUCCUACUGUCCCUACGCCCUGCUCGGGCAGUACCACGACAUCAAGGAGUACGUGCACCACAGCCCCGGGAACUCCAAGCGCGGCUUCGGCAUAGACUGCGCCAUCCUCUCCUGCCAGGUCUACAUCUCCCAGAUCCUGGUGGCGUCUGCCCUCGGGGGCGUGGUCGACGCCGUUGGGACUGUGCGCGUCAUCCCCAUGGUGGCCUCCGUGGGCUCUUUCCUGGGCUUCCUGACGGCCACGUUCCUGGUGAUCUACCCGGAGGUGUCGGAAGAGGCCAAGGAGGAGCAGAAAGGCCUGUCUUCCCAGACGUCGGGGGAAGGCGGGGGCGGCAGCGAGAAGCCCACUGUGCUGAAGCUCUCCCGCAGGGAGGGCCCACAGGGGCCCGUGGUGACGGAGUCGAUGGUGUGACCGAGCUCCUGUGCACACAUUCCAGAGGGCGGCAGGGAGCGGGGCACUUGGGCCGGGGCAGAGGCUGCCUCGAAGGCUGGUUGCCGUUGCUUCGGGGCAGCACAGGCAGAGUUCCUUCCCACAGUGGGGUGGUGACUCAGCAGUUGUCGGGUAGGUUUGAGCCACUAGGCAAAAACAUCACGCUAAUUACUUUUUCCAUAAUUAAAAAAAUCAUUUGAAAUCUUUUUUUUUAAUUGAAAAAGA